CAAAUAAAAGCCCAAAACCGGAAUCGACCCGACCCGCCCAACGCAAUCCCUUAUAACCUAAACCUUGGCAAAACCUAAUACCGUUUCACUCUUCUCCAUCGCCUACGGGAAAGAGAUCGAGCUUCAGCAGCAAUGGUGUUUAUUAAGGCUCAGAAACCUAGGGCUUACUUCAAGAGAUUUCAAGUCAAGUUUAAGAGAAGAAGAGAGGGAAAGACCGAUUACAGAGCCCGAAUUCGGUUGAUCAAUCAGGACAAGAACAAGUACAAUACUGCAAAAUACCGCUUUGUUGUUCGAUCUACGAACAAGGAUAUUAUUGCACAAAUAAUAUCUUCUACCAUUGCUGGUGAUAUUGUUCUUGCUGCAGCUUAUUCACAUGAACUUCCACGCUAUGGUCUUGAAGUAGGCCUUACAAAUUAUGCUGCAGCUUAUUGCACUGGACUCCUAUUGGCCCGUCGAGUCCUUAAAACACUUGAAAUGGAUGAGGAAUAUGAGGGCAAUGUUGAGGCUACUGGAGAGGACUAUUCAGUGGAACCUGCUGAGACCAGGAGGCCAUUCCGUGCUCUCCUUGAUGUUGGUCUUAUCAAGACCACAACUGGCAACCGUGUCUUCGGUGCCCUUAAGGGAGCUCUAGAUGGUGGUCUGGAUAUUCCUCACAGUGACAAGAGGUUUGCUGGUUUUGAUAAGGAGAAGAAGGAGCUGGAUGCUGAGGUUCACCGCAAAUAUGUCUUUGGUGGACAUGUUGCUGCCUAUAUGAAGACUCUGAUUGAAGAUGAGCCAGAGAAAUACCAGUCUCACUUUAGUGAAUAUAUCAAGCGAGGAAUAGAAGCUGAUGGACUUGAGGAGCUGUAUAAGAAGGUCCAUGCUGCAAUUCGUGCAGAUCCCACUUCAAAGAAAUCUGAGAAGCCGCAACCUAAGGAGCAUAAGAGGUACAACCUCAAAAAGCUUACUUAUGAUGAGAGGAAGAAUAAGUUGAUUGCACGCUUGCAAGCCCUCAACUCUGCUGCUGAUGAUCAAGAAGAUGAUGAGGAUGAUGAGUGAAAGUGCAAUGAAUGCAUAUCUAGAACUUCUUAGUACUAGCAUCCACAGAAUCGUUUUCUUAAAAAUUUGUUGCUUGUGCUAAUUGUUUUUCAACGUAGAAAUUUUGGAUACUUUUGUAUUGGUCUUUUAUUGGGGUCAACUUUUGAGUAAACCUGGAUUGGAAUGUUUCUCAACGUAAUUUUCUGUUGUACACCAGAUAAGUCUUUUCCUAUAAAAUUAAUGUUAUCCAUUAUAGUA